UACAUCCGUUGGACCGAGGAGAACUACCCGGCUCUCGGCGCCUCUGCCGAUCUGGGUGACCUGCUUUUUCGGUGUGUUCGCGAUACCAGCCACCUGGAGGGUGUGUUCAUGAACCCCGUUUACGUCGAUGUCUGGCUGAAACUGGUAGGUUUGGCUGGUUUAGUCGAAAUCCUCCCUCCCCCACUACCUUCAUAUCCCUCCCUGUCUGCCUGUUGUUCCUUCUGUUCUUCUCCGAAUGUACCAUUUUCCUCCCACACAAAAAGUCUACAGCUCGUAGACUGA